GCUAGGGAGCCGAGGCAGCCAUGGGAGCCGUGACGCCAGGCUUUGUGGAUUGUCACUGCCACCUCUCCGCGGCCGACUUCGACUCGGAUCUUGAAGAUGUGUUGGAGAGAGCCAAGAAGGCCAAUGUGUUGGCUAUUGUAGCAGUUGCUGAACACUCAGGAGAGUUUGAAAAGAUCAUGCAACUUUCAGAAAGAUAUAUGGGGUUUGUUCUGCCAUGCCUAGGUGUACACCCUGUUCAGGGACUUCUACCAGAAGACCAACGAAGUGUCACUUUAAAGGAUUUAGAUGAUGCUUUGCCACUUAUAGAAAGUUAUAAAGAUCACUUGUUGGCAAUUGGGGAGGUUGGAUUAGAUUUCUCCCCCAGAUUUGCCAGGACUGACGAACACAAGGAGGAGCAGAGACAAGUCCUUAUUAGACAGAUCCAAUUAGCUAAAAAACUAAAUUUGCCAUUAAACGUUCACUCACGCUCAGCAGGCAGACCAACUAUUAAUCUCUUACGUAAAGAAGGUGCUGAAAAGGUGCUACUCCAUGCAUUUGAUGGCCGCCCAUCUGUAGCCCUGGAAGGAGUGAGUGCAGGAUACUUUUUUUCAAUUCCUCCUUCUUCUGCAAGGAGUGAACAGAAACAGAAACUUAUAAAGCAGCUGCCUUUAUCUUCUAUAUGCUUAGAAACAGAUUCACCUGCAUUGGGAUUAGUAAAACAGGAGCGGAAUGAACCUAGGAACAUUUCCAUUUCUGCAGAAUACAUUGCCCAGGUGAAAGGGAUCUCAGUGGAAGAAGUUAUAGAAGUGACAACUCAGAAUGCUUUGAAACUGUUUCCCAAACUUCGGCAUCUUCUUCAAAAAUAACCUGCCAAAUUUCUUCCAGGAAAAUAAUUUCCUAAUAAACCACCUGGUGGCAGCAUUGAAAAAAAAUACAUUUUUUGACCAAAGAAAGAACAUGGUCUUUAUAUGGGCCACCAGCAUAGAAUUAUGGAUAACUUUAAAUUGUUAUUAGUUCAGUUUAUGAAAAAUAAACUCGAUUGACAUUUCUGGAUCCAGGGUUUAGCUCCAGUUCUGCCACUGACUGUGUAUCGUUUAAAAGUUAAUCAAAUGGUUAGGGAGGAGGGUGGGAACAAAUUCAGCUAUUGUUACUCUUGCUGCUGCUUUCAUUAGUGCCUUAGAGAUACCACAAAGUGAUAUUUAUUUAGAUAAAGGAAUUCAUAUAGGUGAGAAACAGACUCUGCCUAACUUAUUUCGUUUAGUUCUGGGCAACUGCCAUACCCAAAUGUCUAACUAAAAAUGUGCCAUUUUUGUUUCAGUCUGAUUUUGUCACAUUUCAUUUUUUUCAAAUAAAUUAAGAAAAGUUUGAUUUUAAAUAUCACUGAUUUUUUACUAGCUACAGCAAUAUUAAUUUUUACAUUUAUAAUGUGAAGUAUACAUAUAUAAUGGAACACAUAAAUUUAUAAUUUUCAGAAAGAAUUUGUGUAAUUUUGAAAUUACUAUUGACAAAUUGCCAUUUGAGUCCUGUAUUAAUAAAACUUGAUAUAUAAAGCUAUAAAGAAUGUGAGCCAAACAAGAAACUGGAAACUGAAUGGAUGCCCAUCAGAGAAUGGCUGAAUUAGUUAUGAUAUAUGAAUGCUAUGGAAUAUUAUUAUUCUAUAAGAAAUGAUCAGGAGGAUGAUUUCAUAGAGGCCUGGAGAGGCUUACAUGAACUGAUACUAAGUGAAAUGAGCAGAACUAGGAGAUCAUGGUACAUGACAACAUCAGUAUUACAUGAUUACACAUUCUGAUGAAUGUGACUCUUUCCAGCAAUGAUUGAUGCCAUUCCAUUAAUCUUGUGAUGAAGAGAGCCAUUUACACUCAGAGAGAGAACUUUAGGAACUAAAUGUGGAUCACAACAUAACAUUCUUGCUCUUUUUGUUGUUCACUUGCAUUUUGUUUUCUUACUCAUUUACUUUUUUUUAAUCUGAUUUCUCUUGUGCAACAAGAGAAUUAUAUAAAUAUGUUUAUACAUAUUGGAUUUAACAUAUAUUUUAACAUGUUUAAUAUGUAUUGAAUUGCUUGCCAUCUAGGGGGAGGGGUGGGGGGAAGGAGGAGAAAAUCUAAAACACAAGGCUAUGCAAGAGUCAAUGUUGUCAAAUUAUCUGUACAUAUGUUUUAAAAAUAAAAAGCUUAUCAAAAAACAAACAAAAAAAAAAAAAAAACAA